AUGGAAGGUAAGCCAAGUGAGUGGCUAAAGAAAGGUGGGUUCGUGCCUGUGGUGAUCGUAAUCUGCAAGGCAGUAAAGUUGGCUCCGUUGGGGUAUUCUGUUCAAUCAACUUAUUUAUGCAAUAGUUAUGUUGCCAGAUCCACAACUGAAGAAUUUGGAGCCAAUCCAGUCAAGGUUGAUUCUCCAAAAAAUGGAGUUGCUACCACUUCUAAAGAUUUUCCAAAUUGCUUGGAGCCUGAGACAAGAAGAAUUGAGGACGAUGAAGAAAAAGUUUCACUAGAGCACCCAAUUUCAGGCAGCUUAGAAAAUGGACAACUUGCACGCAGUAAUGAGCUUAAAGAUAAUGUGUAUGUGCAAUGA